UUGCAUUGACAGUCAAGCACUCACUCACGGCAUAUCAGCUGUAUCAGCGAGAGGAGUACUGACCUAAUUUGGAGAGCAGGGGACAACAAGAGACGAGACUACACAUCGGAACGAGCAGCUGAAGAGAAAGUCUACCAUUUUUUGUUUGUCCGGAGGAAGCUGUGCGUGGGACAGAGAAAAGCUACAUCAGCCUGUCUGCGGAGAAGCCGAUGCAGAGCUGACUGCUCCUGCUGAGAGAGGAGGAGGAGGAGGAAGAAACAAGUCAAAGGGAGAGAAUUUGCCAGAUGUAAGAGGAGGAGAGAGAGAGAGAAGGCGGGCGAGGGUUUCGGUGACAGAGAUCAUUGUUCUGCAACAAACCCCUCAUGGGUGAACAAGUCAUUAAAAAGUCAGUAAGGGCCAAGCUGUCAUCAGCCCAGGUGACCGUGUGCACCUGAGCGUUACUGCUGCAGCACAGUGAAAGUCACCACGUGCCUCGGGGCAGCUGCUGCAUGGUUUAAAAAAAUCCAGGCUGCCGGAUCCUAACUGAUUCCUGCACAUUUUCUGCACUGGAUCAUUUUCACCUGGAGCUUUUUCCCCUUUUGGGCGUUCACUAGGGAGAGAAAAAUAAGCAAAAGCGGAAUACGGAGCAGUUUGGAUAUUUGGACAGACUGAGCCGGUGACUACAGCAGAGAAAGAGACUCCUCGGUGCUCCAGUGUCACGUGCAGGAAUGCAGAUUUGAAUAAGGAAUCAGACCAGCAAUCCAGCCUAGUGUUGGAGCAGCUGAGCCUGUGAAGGCCCCUGAGGCGGCCAUGUUGGAUCUCUUCGUCAGAGUGCUGGUGUUGGCCCGUCUUCACCUGUCACCUCACAGCACCUUCCUGCCAACCUAACUCCUCACUCCUUUCUUCCUUCACCUUUCUUCCACUGCUGGAUUGGGGGAAAGGUCCUUGUACAAAAUGUCCUAUGCACACCACAAGCUGCUCACGUGGUGCUUACCUCACCUCCUCCUCCUACCGCUGACCUACCUCUGGCUCCUGGCUCUUCCAACAGGUGUGUCAGCAAAUCACUGCCGGGUCACCGGUGGAAUUCUGGGCAUCCACUGGAGCAGCAUCAUAAGCCUGGGUUGGUACCCUCUAGCAGAUGGGAGAGCCGGAGCGAGGUGUUGGGAGUUCUGCUGCCUGGAGCCAAAGUGCAAUGCUGUUUGGAGUCUCGGCGGUCGCUGUGUGUUUCUUAGCUGCUCGCGUGAAGGAGGCUGCCCCAUCUCCAUCCUGCCUCAGCCCCACGAGGAGUCCCUCGGUCUCCUGCAGCUGCUCUCCAAGGUCCCUGUCAGUGUGAGGCGGAGAGCGAUUCGCCGUGCACCACCUACAGGAAGCCACAGAAUACACAAAAGACCCCAUAUCCGCUCGGGAAGCUCCGACACAGAGGCAGCUCAGCCAACAUCAGCAGCACCCAGCACCAUCGCUCUCAUCCAAGUCUCCCAAAAGAACAUCAGCCAGAUAACGAAUGGGAGUUCAGGCACGCCUCCUGCUCCAUCGCCGCAGAACUCAACGAUCAACGUCGCCCUUGAUGCUGCUGCGUCGUCUUCCAAUGACAGCGAUGUCAGCACGCCCACAGCAGCUUCCUCGACCAUCAACACAACCCCGACACAGGCCGUGAGGGAGCUGGUGGUAUCAGCAGGAAAGAGUGUGGAGGUAACGCUGCCCCUCAACGAGGUCAAACUUUACGCCUAUGUGGUCCCAAAUGGGACAAACUAUGCAUUUGACUGGCGUCUAAAAACUCAUCCCAAAGAUUACAGCGGGGAGAUGGAGGGGAAGCACAGCAAGACACUGAAACUUAGCAAGCUGACCGUGGGCCUGUACGAGUUUGAGGUGACAGUGGAUGGGGAGGGCGCCCACGGAGAAGGUUACGUUAAUGUUACAGUCAAACCAGAGCCACGGGUAAACAAGCCUCCUGUUGCCGUAGUUUCCCCAAAGUUCCAGGAGAUCUCCUUGCCAACCAGCUCUACGGUGAUAGACGGCAGCCAGAGCACUGAUGAUGACAAGGUGGUGGCGUGGCACUGGGAAGAGGUCAAAGGUCCUCUGAGGGAGGAGAAGGUCUCUGCUGACACCCCUGUACUCACCCUCACCAGCCUUGUGCCUGGGAACUACACAUUUAGUUUGACAGUAACUGACUCGGACGGAGCUACAAACUCGACACAGGCCACUCUCUCCGUUAACAAAGCCAAGGACUAUCGACCUGUGGCCAACGCCGGCCCAAACCAGGUCAUCCAGUUACCACGCAACUCCAUCACUCUGUAUGGCAACCAAAGCACCGACGACCACGAUUCCCUGUCCUAUGAGUGGUCCCUCAGCCCAGAGAGCAAAGACAAAGUGGUGGAGAUGCAGGGUGUACGGACACCCAUCCUACAGUUGUCAGCAAUGCAAGAGGGAGACUACACCUUCCAGCUGACUGUGACGGACUCAGCUGGACAGCAGGACACUUCUCAGGUCACCGUCAUCGUGCAGCCAGAAAAUAAUAAACCACCAGUAGCAGAUGCAGGACCUGAGAAAGAGCUGACGCUGCCCAUGGAUCACACCACACUGUAUGGCAAUAAGAGCCACGAUGACCAGAAGAUAGCCACCUAUCACUGGACAAAGACCAGUGGUCCCGAUGGUGUGAAGAUUGAAAAUGCAGACAGCGCCGUUGCCACGGUGACAGGUCUCAAGGUCGGCACAUAUGAGUUUACCCUGACAGUAACUGAUGAGAGGAAGCUGGAGAGCAGCGACACUGUCACGGUCAUCGUUAAGGAAGAAAAGGACCAACCGCCAGUAGCUCGUGUUGUGUCGAGUCCACCCAUCUCUUUGCCUGUCAGGACCGCCACUUUGGAUGGAUCUCAGUCCACUGAUGACAAAGGUGGACUCAGCUACCUGUGGACCAGAGAAGACACCAGUCCUGCUGCUGGGGUGAGACGGACCUUUAUAAUCAGAAACACAACUGCUGCAUGGUUUAUUUUAUCUUCAAACGACUCUGUGCAUACAAAUGAUUUCCACACAGCAGGAGCCUCAACAACCAGCAGCAGAAGGUUGAGCAGGUCAGCACAGCAUACGGUGCACAGACACACGCUCGGCCAGAAACUAAUCCGUCACUUGGCGCUCUGGACUCUCUCCCAGAUUUCAGGGAGUCAGAUGGAUCCUGCAAUCUGCCCGUUUUCCUCAUGUCACUUUUUCCGUCUCACUGUCACCUUAUGUGUCCUCCCUCUUCCCUAUUUUCCCGUCUAUCCAUCAGACGUGCGAGAGCGGGACCUGGUGGAACUGGUGUUGGAGGUCUCCGUAUCGCAGGUGUCCCAACGCCAGCGCGACAUGCUGCUGCGACAGGUUGGGGUUUUACUGGGUGUGCUCGACAGCGACAUCAUUGUGCGAGAGAUCAGUGCGUUUAAUGAGCACAGUACUCGUUUGGUCUUCCUGGUGUCCGGCGGCCCAGGGCGCCCUCCGCUGACGGGCCGUAAUGUUGCACUCGGCCUGCGCAACAAACUGCGUAAACAGAAGAAUGACUUCCUCAUCUUUAAGGCCCGACGAGUGGAUACAGUCAUCUGCCAGCUGAACUGCUCCGGCCACGGCGAGUGUGACUCAUUCACGCGGCGCUGCGUCUGUCACCCUUUCUGGAUGGAGAAUUUUAUCAGAGCUCAGUUCGGAGACGCAGAGAGCAACUGCGAGUGGAGCGUGCUCUAUGUGACGAUAGCAUCCUUUAUGAUUGUGGUUGCUGCGGCAACAUUUGUAUGGGGGAUAGUUUGUUGCUGCAACAGGCGUAAGAGCAAAGUGCGCAGGAGUAAAAGUCGAUACAAAAUGUUAGAAGCUGAUGAUCAGGACUGUUUGGAGCUGCAACUGCCAAGAGCUGCACGCCUGAAGCCUGUUCCCGCACCCACUUCCUCUGCCCUCAUGCACUCGGACUCUGACCUGGACAGUGACGAAGGGCAGGGCGGGAUCCCGUGGACGGAUCAGGAGCGCGGGCAGCUUCUGAGGCCUCAGAAUGGCUCCCUGAGGAAUGGCCAGGGGCCGGUGAGGGCCAAGAAGCAGAGAGAGGAGCGGCUAUAGCAAGAGAGGAGGGGGGAGCUCACAGCUACCCUCACACAGCUCUUCCCCUUCACGCCUCCUCUUUCCCCUUCAUUGGUCUUCAACACAAAAACCUCACACUUCUCGUGAAGACAGACUGGGAGAUACCCGAGUUAGGAAGAGGGAGAAAGGAGGAGAUGUUGGGACCGUGUGGUCCCACUGUCACAGAAAAAACACCACGUUACUGAAGCUUCCCUGCACCCACACUGAGCCAGAACGACGUGAAAAAGAAGCUGCCAUUACACUGCAAACCAGGGGUGAGCACUGUGUUUUGAAUGAUAUAAAAUAUUAAUUAGACCCCUGUUAUUUAACACAGAGACAUAAAGAAUGUAGUGCUGCCCCUCUCCUGCUGCUGGCUUACAAAGGUUGGGAGACUGUGUGAGAGGAAGUAGCUCGAAUGACUUUUUAAGAUGAGGAAAAACAAAACUGCUUCAAUGACACGAAAACCAGCCACCUGGCACGCUCACACCUUGCCUCUUGUAGACACGCAUGUACAAACACGUUGUAUUCACGCCAUUUCAGGUCGACCUGAUGCUACCAAACACUGCCAUUUUUAAAUUAAUGGUUAACUUUGCUCUGAUUGUUUCUGUUCAUCUGAAGCAUGACGGAGAGGGGGAAAAAAAAAAAGACAACCAACCAACAACCAAAACUGAUCUGAGCUGCCAACGGCUCGGAGAAACCACCUCAGAAAAUAUUUUAAAUAAUUUAUGUGCAUGAAGAGCGACAGAUUGCAGCUCUGGUACAACCUGAUACGAUCGGCUGCAUGUUUGUAUGUCAGGUGUAUGUGUGGAUUUCUGUGGCUGCUGUGCCAAAAGAUGUUUCCUCAGAACAGUUUCUAUGCUUCUUUUUUUUUUUUUUUUGCUUUUUUUAUGUUUUUAUGAACCCACAGAAGAGUCACAGUGUUGUAAGGUUUUAUUCUCAAGGCUUCUCUGUGGAUUAAAUAACUGGAGUACACAACUGUAACAAAGGUGGUCUCAGUGAGGAAGGAAGUUGGGAAAAAGAUGAAGAACAGGAGAUUGAAGGACAGACCGCUGCUUCCUCAUCACCUUUGGUAAUGUGACGACUGCUUCAACCCUGAAGACCACAGAGUUUUUGUUACUGUUUCUACAAACAACCUUUUGGCUGUGAUUAGACGUGGAUGCACUUUGAUUUUAAUGUCUGCUGUCUCACUUUGUCUCUUGUUGGUUUAAAAAAAGGGAGAGGUUCGUAUGUGACAGUUGGAAGUUGGGAGGUUCAGCCAUAAACGCAGGACUUUGCGGUACUGAAUAUGUAGGAAGAAUGUCCAUCAGUAAUGUAAUUCUCCAUGCUUUACACUCAUCUCCAUGAUGCAAGCAGCUCUAAAUUUUGCAGACUCGCAGCACACUUGGACAAGCAUGCCUUUUUACUGCUCAACUAAAUGUUUAAAUCCAUCAAAAAGCCAAGUCACAAGUCACAAUAUCAUUUUUCUGGAUUUAAUGGUAUUCAUCCUCUUCAGUAUGACCAUUAAAAGAUCUUCUUUUAAAGUGAUUUUGAUGUUAUGGAGUUGAAGUAAAAAUCCACAGGCCCUGUGCUGUGCAAAAAACAUAGAAACACAGUGUUUUUUAGCAAGGUUAAAACAGAUUUCAAGCUGACUCGGAUGUGAGGAAAAUCUUUGAAAAGGUAAAAUAUGUUUUCUAUUUUCUAAUGCAAACUUACUUUAAGUGUACGAGUGAGCUGCGCAUCCGAUCGGAGAUAAAACUGUACUAAAUCCCGAAAACAAAUUAUUUCUUCCCACGGACAGGACAUAAGCAGGAGGUUAAUCUGAAGGAUGUUUACGUACGCUUUGAGCAGAUUACCAGAAAUAAACCACAAACGGGGCCCAGCAGGAAGGCUUUGUUUGUUCAUCAGCAGUAAUCUGAGGUGUUUCUUGGCUGGACUGUACCGACAGACAAACUAGCAGAACGACUCUCCCCGAUGUAUCAUCUCACAGUGUGAUUGCUUUGCAUGCAGAAUGUGAAACUGACACAUGUAAGUCCUCAUCUGGAGGCACACUUUUCUAUGUUCGUUGUUGAAUGUUAAAAGGGUACAUCAUUGAUUCAGUUCAGCUUGUACUCUGUGCGAAAUAAGCUGGGGUUUGUUUUUGGGGUUUUUUUUCUCAAAUUACUGCAAAAAGUCAUCUCAUGCCGAUGUUGGAUCUGCUGCACUAAAUGUGUUUUAUUCGCACCUGCUGAAUUUAUCGGGCCAUGUUUUUUUGCCCUCCUGUGGGAGGCAAAUUAAAAUCAAGCACACCCAGGUGCCAGCAACGUCAAACCACUGAAAAAAAUCUCAUGUUGUCUUGUUUUUGUUUUUUUUGGGAAUAACAGCCAAAUUGUUUUUGAUGGACUCAUCUUUUUUUUUUCUUUUUCUUUUUUUUUUGUCUCCCAAAGCUCCUUUUACAGUUAAAAGGAGGACACAAAAAUAUUGUGUUGUCUGCUGUUACGUUUGGGAUUUGUUUAGAUGCAAGUGAACUGACCUUGACUCCAAGAGUCCACUGUGAAGGCAGAGAUAAAUGAGGAGAAACUGUUAAAUGAAAGGGGUGUAAUUGUUUAUUUGUUUUUAAUAUUUUAUUAUUAAUAAAGUUUUAGUGAAGGAUGACCCCUUCUUUUGUUCUGUGAUCCUGCUGAUGCAACUGGAUAAUGUGUAAAUUAAAAUUAAAAAAACAAAAAAACA